AUGGCGACUUCAACAUCAAACCAUCAUCUCGCUCCUCCUCCAGCCUCAAACUUGGGCCUUCCGAUUUCCAACGGUAACGGUAUUGGUGAUGUGUCGUCGCCGCCACUUUCACCGAGCAGGCAACAGCACCCACCACCAUCACCUCGAGCACACUCAAAAUCUAUUUUAACCAUCGCAUUACAGAAAGCCCAGUCAGCUGUAGUACUUGACUCGGCUAAUAAUGUGAGUGCGGCUUUGGCGGCAUAUAAACAGACUGUCAAGCUCUUAUUACAAGUGAUUGAUAAGGCAGCGAAUGAAACUGAUCGUCGAAGGCUACAACAUAUAAACGAGGAAUCCAAUGGAAAGCUAAUAGUGAAAGAAAAGAAUAUUAUUAGUGGCAGUGAUAUUGGUAAUAUGAGAAAUCUAAACAUUAACGGUCGUCAUAAAUCAAAGAAGGAUUCAUCGUCGACGACUGUCUCUAAUAAUAAUAGUGCGAUAAAUGACCCACGCACAAAUCAAACUCCUCAACUUCUACAACAAAGUCAUGGAACUCCUCCCGGAUAUCUCUCAUGUCUGAUAAGACGACGCCACCGGUAUCAGAUUACGAAUCAGCCAUUGAAAGAAGAGAAUCACUUGGAGAGUCGACAGAAUCCGCAGAGUCUUUGA